UUUUUUCUCUCUCUCUCCUGCACCUCCUCUCUGCCUGGUCUAUUCUGAGACUGUCGGAUAUAACAAGAAAUGGUGUAGGAUACCAAGAGAGGAAGAAGAAAGCCCAGCCGAGGAGGCAGACGGGGCCUAGACAUAAGGUUGGGGACCUCUCGUCUGACAGGCCACCGCGUGCUCCAGGGAUCCAGGGAGUGGCCGUUAUGGAGAACGAGCAGGCGCCACCGGCCUCCAGCGCCAGCAGCACGGGGACCACCACCGCCACCACCACCACUUCCAGUACCACCACUACCAGUGGCAGCGCUGGGAGGCAGGCCGUGCCGCAGAUCUCUGUGUACAGCGGCAUCCCGGACAGGCAGACGGUGCAGGUGAUCCAGCAGGCCCUGCACCGGCAGCCCAGCACGGCCGCGCAGUACCUGCAGCAGAUGUACGCAGCCCAGCAGCAGCACCUCAUGCUCCAGACGGCAGCCCUGCAGCAGCAGCAGUUGAGCAGUGCGCAGCUCCAGAGCCUGGCUGCUGUGCAGCAGGCCAGCAUUGCAGCAGGAAGACAGGGCUCCAGCCAAAAUGGUGCAUCAUCCCAGCAUACCGGAUCCACCCAAACCACUAUUAAUCUGACAACCUCCCCGGCGGCUGCCCACCUGAUCAGCCGAGCGCAGAGCGUCAGCUCCGCCCCUGCCGGCAUCUCCCAGCAGGCCGUGUUGCUGGGUAAUCCCCCCAGUCCUGCCCUCACUGCCAGUCAGGCCCAGAUGUACCUGCGUGCCCAGAUGGCACAGCAAAGUAACCUUGUGCAAGUAGCUAGGAGCCUAGGCCGUGCUGUUCCUUUGUCCCCCCAGCUUAUCUUCACCCCCACCGCCACCGUGACUGCGGUUCAGCCGGACGCCUCCUCACAGUCAGCCGGGCAGCAGUCGGCCAGCGCGCAGAGACUUGAAAAUACAAGAAUUCAGGUACAGAACCUGGCCAUCCGCAGCCAGCAGGGGCCAGCGUCUGCCUCUCCCUCCCAGACACAGCUCCAGGGCCUGAGCCUCAAGCAGAGCCCCCUCUCAGUCCAGGCCACGGGCCAGCUCAAGAGCUCCGGCCAGGGAGGCCAGGGAGGUCAGGGCUCCGGGGGGAAGGGCAGCCCACCCGAGGCCUCCACCGAGGGCGGUAAGAAGAGUGAGAACGCCUCCGGGUUGGAGGCGCGCGUAGUGAACAUGAGCCGCAAUGUGACAUCCGUGAGCAGCCACCCUCUCAUUGCUCCAGCUAUAUCCGAGACUUUUACAGAACCUACCAAAGGAAUAAAUCGAGCAUAUGCACAGAUCCAGCCUCACCAACUGGUCCAGCAGCACAAGCAGCAGCAAUUUGUCAUCCAGCAGCAGCCCCAGGUAGCCCAAAGGUCUCCGGCCCAGAUGCUACAGACAGCCUCCGUUCAACCCCACCUGCAAACCCAGACCUUGGCAACUCAGCCACCCACAACAGGUGCCCCGGCCCAGUCCUGUUCCAUCCCAGUGCUACCGAAGCCACAGGCACCCAGUCAGCAGGCCACCAUCUUCCACUCCACAGUGGGGCCCCAGUCACUUGCGCACCCUGCCGCCUCAUCGGGUCAACCUAAGGCCCAACCCGUGCAGCUCACUGCCAUCAACCUCCAGAUACAACCAACAGCAACCACAGGAGCACGACUUGUACAGGACAAGGUCAGCAAAGAGAAGCCAACAUCCCUGGUGGUCAGAGAAACCAACCCCAACCCCAUCACUGUCCAGAGCACCACAACCACCCAGCAAGGUGUCAGCAGCACAGAUCAGUGCAAGUCUGACUCCAGCAAAUCUACAGCCCAGGCUGAAGGUGCUGCCGAGGGGGCGAGCGCCACGACGGGACCGGGCUCUCCGCCAGCCAUGACCUCGGGCAACGAGAACGACGCCCCCAGCGUGGCCGGCAGUGCGCCCCAGAACGGCGAGAACAAGCCCCCCCAGGCCAUCGUGAAGCCCCAGGUCCUCACGCACGUCAUCGAGGGCUUCGUCAUCCAAGAGGGAGCCGAGCCGUUCCCCGUGGAACGAGCACCACAGCUGGUUGACAGUCUGAAGAAGCCGACACAGCAGCUGCCUUCUGACACAGAGAAGACCCCCCAGAGCAACCCCCCGAACACCACCGACUCCGAGAUGGAGGAGCUGAACCAGCAAGAACUACGGGACCAGGAUGAUGAAAAUACACCGCGGCUGAGGUGUGAACUCUGUGGCUGGGUGGACUUCGCAUACAAGUUUAAGGGGUCAAAGAGGUUUUGCUCCAUGGUUUGCGCAAAGAGGUACAAUGUCGGUUGCACAAAGCGAAUGGGCCUUUUCAACCCAGACAGAAGCAAAAGCACAAAUCGCUGGCGACGGAAAUCCCGCAGUGGCAGCCGCCAGAGCGUAGAGGCCAAGAAGCAGAGGCUCUCUGCACCCCAGCAGCCCUUGGGAGGGUCUGUGUCUUCCAACCUCCCCUCCCAGCCCAGCCAAGGGGAGUCCAGUCCAUGCUCAGAAGUGUCCAGCUACGAGGGGCCGCCCUCGCCCCUGUCAGCGGCCAGCUCGGGAGCUCCGGGUCCCCAGGGAGACCGGGGCUCUGACCCUGAAGGUGCCGCCAGAGAGCUGCCCCUUCUCACUCAGCACUUCCUGCCCAACGAUCCCACCCAGUGGAAUGUGGAGGAGGUGUAUGAGUUCAUUCGCUCUCUGCCAGGCUGCCAAGAGAUAGCAGAUGAAUUCCGCUCGCAGGAGAUUGAUGGCCAGGCGCUGCUGCUGUUGAAGGAGGACCACCUGAUGAGCGCCAUGAACAUCAAGCUGGGCCCGGCACUCAAGAUCUAUGCUCGUAUCAGCAUGCUCAAGGACUCGUAGCUCAGCCUGGGCAAUUGAGGGACUUGUCAAAGACAAACGUCACGUCCUUCAACAUCAGAUCCGAAUGUGAACUUUAAUCAGACCUUGACAUGGAUUCCUAACGCUGCACUACACUAUGACCUCACACUUAGAGGAGACCCCUUCCUCAAACCUGAGCCCUCCAUUCUCUUCUCCAUCAGUGACUCCUGGAAGGCCCCCUUCUAAAUGGACCAGACACUCGGAACAACACAACAGUGAGACUUUGGGGGGGUGCAGGGGAUACUCUUCCAGUUUUACAGAGGCUGAGACCAUACAGCAUGGAGGAUGGCAAAUAGGUGUCACCGUUCAGUGAAAAUCAACUAGUGGGCAAUUUCAGUCCCACUGAAAUUUUUUUUUUUUUUUUUUUUUUUUUU